GUGGAAAGAUGGUCAAGCUUUUCUGUGCUAUCGUUGGCGUGGCGGGAAGCGCGUUCUCGGUGCGAGUGGACGAGAGCGACUCGGUGGAUGACUUGAAGGUCAUGAUCAAGGCGAGGAAGCCCGACACGAUCAAGGGAGAAGCAGACAAGCUGCAGCUCUUCCUGGCGAAGGAGGACGAGGGCCGCGGCCCGUGGCUGACGCAUCUUGACGUGCUGGAAGGUGUGAGUGACACUAGUGGCUACAAACAUCUACAGUUUACAGACGCGGAGUUACGAGAUGUUGGCUGGAUGGUGGAGAUCUGGGCGAAGUGAGUCGUGCAGAAAAAGCUGCUGGAAAAGGUCACGUCCACGUGCUGGUGGUGGUUCCGGAGGGGGCAGUUGGUUCAGCGAGCGAGACUUCCAGGAUGGAUCAAGUGGUCCAAGAGGUGCACGAAAUUCAUGCGCAAACUGUGCUGACCAAGCGCAAGACAUAUGUCCACUCGAAGGUGGGUUCGACCGAGUACAAGGAACUUCUGGACGCCUUCAACAUUAAGGUGCAACCUGUGCGUAAAGCUGCUGCUAAGUGGGGUGAAGUCAAGGGGUUCACAUGGGACAUGAAACUCAGCGAGGAGAAGCAGAAAGAUGAAUAUCGCGAGUAUGUUGACAGCAACAUUGGCGAGCUUCUCCAGGAGGAGAAGCUUUGCGUGUUCGGUGUGGAAAAUACGACAGAUAUUCUCCGAGUUGUUGUCAACGGCUCCAACAUUGAGCUCCGGGGUCGCACCGCUCUUCUCAUACUCAGUGAUAUCGUCAUGGAGAGCGCGGAUUAUGCGCUGGACUUGCCUGAAGUGAAGAUGCUGAUUGAAGUGAAGAAAAAGGUUGAAAGACAAUCUGUCUUCCAGGCGAUGUCAGAGCUAAUUGCUCUGGCUCUGCUUGCCGACGACCCAGUGGUUGCACUGCUUACUGACUUCAACGGCGAUUGGCGAUUCUUCUGGGUCGCCGGGAAGGAAAACAAUACCACUUGCGUCAACAAAGUGAACAUUACGAAUCCAGGUGAAGCUUUCGAGUUGAUCAGGCAGCUACUGAAGCCUACGGAUAUCAUGACCCCAGUGCUUCAAGACCCUGUGAAGCGCCAGAAGUUAUCCCGGGUGUUGCCGUCCAUCAGCGAGGCCAGUGAAAGUGGCGGGAUUCGUGAGAGCAUCGAACGAUACUAUGACAUCGCCAGUUGUUUAGGCCCCGACUUGGACAUGGCGCGUGCUGUGGCUAGACAUGUCACUCGAUCUAUUCCCACGUUGAGUUAUUUCAGCUAAUUCUUGCUUUGGCAUGCUGCAUUAAUAAUUUUUUUAUUCUGAUAAUAUAAAGUUAAUAAUAUACAAAGAUGAC